GAUCAAUGCUUGCAAAGGAAGCGCAAGCAGCUGUGUGGCGCGAGAUGGGUGCGGGCAACUGCUUGCUAUUCCGAUGCCACGCGGAAUACAUCCUAGAUGCCCUGUCAGCGCGGAGAAGCCUUGUACAAGGCUGUGGGCGGGACUGCGUGUGACUUGCCGGUGGUGUUGCCAAUGAAAACAUCGUCGCGUGACUUUGUCAUGUCCGUUCGCCACAAAAAGCCGGCGAUAUUGAAGCACAAUUGAGCCUCUUCCGUCGUCAAUACACUCAAGUACUCCACACCUCAGUGAUGGAGCUCAAGGUUUUGGUUCUGCUGGCCUUGCUUGCCACUGCGACGCUCGCAUCGCGGUCUGCGAUCAACCAUGACAUUAUUUCGGCAGUGAACAACGACCCUGCGUCGACGUGGACGGCCGGUGUCAACUCGUUCUUCGAGGGCAAGACGAUCGAUGAGGUCAAGGGCCUCCUCGGUGUCUCGGAGUUUACGCCCGAGCCGCUCUCCAUGAUCGGCCCCGACGCAGCUGCUGCAAUGGCGCAGAAGGCUGCGGCGCGCAAGGCCAAGCUCCCGACCUCGUUUGACGCUCGCAAGAAGUGGCCCAAGUGCAUGCACCCGGUCCUCAACCAGGCGCAGUGCGGCUCGUGCUGGGCGUUCUCGCUCACCGAGGUCAUGACGAACCGGAUGUGCAUCCAGGGCCUCAAGGAUGAGGUGCUCUCGCCUCAGGACCUGGUCUCAUGCGACUACACCAACUACGGAUGCCAGGGUGGGAUCCUCAACCGGGCGUGGAGCUUCGUGGAGAAGCAGGGCGUGACGUCGUGGGAGUGCCUCCCGUACACGUCGGGCAACGGGACGACCGGCUCUUGCCCGUCGCACUGCGCUGACGGCUCGCCCAUCAAGCGGGUCAAGGCUGUUCAUGCGCGUCACAUCAACGAGCUCUUUGGGCGCGACGACGCUAUCGCGGAGGAGAUUGUCAACAACGGCCCGGUCCAGGUUGCGUUCAAGGUGUACGAGGACUUUAUGCACUACACCGGCGGCGUGUACCAGCACAAGACUGGUUCGAUGCUUGGCGGGCACGCAGUGAUGGCUAUCGGCUUUGGUGAGGAGAACGGCGUCCCGUACUGGCUCAUCCAGAACUCGUGGGGCACGUCGUGGCCGUCGGGUGCCUCGUCGGACCUGCAGGGCAUGUUCAAGAUCAAGCGUGGCUCGAACGAGUGCGGCAUUGAGUCGGACGUGUGGGCCGGUGACGUGGCUGCGUAAGACACAGUAGCGCACCACGUUUAGCACCACCAAGGUCUUGUCGCUGGCAUUUUGAUCGUAGCCGUUUUCCCCCACAUCAAAGCGACGGAUCUUGCGGA